GUUCGGCCGGUUGGUCGAUUUUGUUUCCAACUCUAUCUCAAUUCUCAAUACCCAAGUAGCCCCCCUAGGACUUUGAUCGGAUAGAGGAACCAAAGUAGCUUCUCAGAAGUUUGCGUGUUCCUAUCAGACGGACACGCAGACCAUGAAAAAUGGAGAAAAAUCUGAAGCUUUCAGCUUAUUAGAAAGAGGCCGCUGCCGAAUUGGGACAGAGUGAUGAUAAAUUGAGGGAUUCCUGAAUCGGAAGGCAGCGUGUGUGUACCAGAGCGGUUUCAUCUUUUCGAAAUGGAGGAUCAGAAUCAGAUAGACGGAAACAAAGAAAACAAAAAACGUGCUUCAUCAGGCUCUCUUUUGCAGCAGAAUCAAUGGUCACUGCUUGAAUCUGACCUCCCAACAGAUCCUAUGGACGUAGACAGAGAAACCAAAAAACGUGCUUCAUCGGACUCCUCCUUACAGUGGAGCCAAUGGCAACUGCUCGAUUCAAUUCUCCCAACUGGCGGUUUUGCUCAUUCUUUUGGUCUUGAGGCUGCAAUCCAAGCUCGCAUAGUCUCCGGUCCUGAAGAUCUCCAAACUUUCAUAAUACAUCUGUUGGAGAACGCUGGAAGCUUACUGCUUCCUUUUGUGUAUUCUGCAACAGUAUCACCUGAUUCGGAGACCAGGCGUAGACUCGACAAAAUCUUGGAUGCAAUGCUGACUAAUGAAGUGAGUAGAAAGGCAUCAAUUGCACAAGGGUCGGCACUGAUGAGGGUGGCUGCAUCUGUGUAUUCAGAAAUACCGUAUCUUAAAUCUAUGAGGGAAGCUUGUUUGAGUACUGGUGUUGUUUCUUUUCACCAUGCUCCUCUGUUUGGGGUUAUAUGCGGACUGCUUGGGUUGGAUAGCACUACUUCUCAAAGGGCUUACAUGUUCAUUACAAUGAGAGACGUUAUUUCUGCUGCGACGAGGCUCAAUUUGGUAGGACCCCUUGGUGCGGCAGUACUGCAGCAUCAGAUUGGUCCAGUUGCCGAAGCUAUACUGAAUCAAUGGAAGGACCGUCCUGUUGAGGAAGCAUGCCAAACUGUUGCUUUGCUUGAUAUCGUGCAGGGAUGUCAUGGCUACUUGUUUUCUAGAUUGUUCUGUUCUUGAAGGCCUAAAUAAGUGCAUCAACUGGUGGAGUCUGCUUGAACUUUUUAAAUCAAGAUGCAAGAGUAGUGCCAAAAAUCGUUGACAUCAAAUUUCAGUCAGCAUAAAACUUGCUAACUUGUGCAAAUUAGGGCCAUUAUAUUGGAAUUGGAAUGAAAGCACUUAUUGGAUCACUUUCAAGCAACUUGCACUCCCCUCCACCAUUGACUUCUUAACCACCGUUAUACAAGCUGUAACUUGUUCACCUUGAUGGCGCCGCAGCUUGUCUCCAUGACUCGUGCGUGUAGAGUGAGUGAGGGAAGAGGAGUAAUCUUCGUUUGUUCUCCUUUUGAUUUCCAAUAUGUGUACAAUCACUGAAUCAUGGAACUUGAUCAUAUAUAUUAUGUUUCUAUGCAUACGUUUUCCUAACA